AUGGGAACGAAAGCAUUUGACAAAAAAGUUCCUUCCUCCCAUCCUGAGACAGCCACUGGACUCAUUGAGACUGAACACGUAUCUGUGAUCAUCACACAAAAUCUGUUUGAUAGACAGGUUCCUGAAGUCCAAAUUUCUCAGGCACUAAAAUGUUGUGAGGACAUCUCCACUCCAGGUCCACAUGUACUUCUGCUGAUUCUGCAUCCAGAUCUCACUGAGAAGAACAGAUAUAUGAUGGAGACCAUGAAAUCUUGGUCAGAUGACACACUGAAACAUACAAUAGUAGUACUGAUGAGCCAGAUGAAAUCAAGCAGUGCUAAGAAGAAUGACAUUUUGUUCGGAGAAAAUGUGACCUACUACACAUUUGAAGAAAAAAAGAAAAGGUUCUCAGCAAGCACGCGUUCAGUAACUUCAGAGCUAUUUAAGAAAAUCCAGACCUUGAAUGCAAAAAAUGAGGGAAAGCAUCUUACCCUGAAAAUGCAUUAUCCACCACUAGAUAUUCCAUCAACGUCAUCUGAGCCGCCACAAUGUGACAAGAAAAAGAUGAAAACAGUGGAGCACAGAGAACAAUUCUUGUCUGGAGAAAUUUCUACUCAGAAUCUUAAUCUGGUGCUGUUUGGAAGGAGCAGCGCUGAAAAAAUGUCCACAUCAAACAUAAUACUGGGCAAGACAGAGUCUGAAUCUGAAACCGUCUAUGAAUGUGUAAAGAGAGAGGGUGUAAUAUGUGGACAGCAAGUCACCCUGGUUGAAAUACCAGAACUAUACAAUACUCUCUCUCUGAAGGAUGUGAUGCAUGAGACAUACCGUGCUCUGUCUCUAUGUUCAUUGAACAUACACACAUUUCUCAUGGUUCUUCCUGUCAGUCCUCUCACUGAUGAUGAUAAAGGAGAACUUGAUUUAAUCAGUGACAUAUAUGACACAGCUGAUAGGAAGUUCUGGGAUCAUUUAAUGAUCUUGUUCAUAUGGGAAGGGAAGAGGCAGGACAAAGUCAUCACUGAUUUCAUACAUUUAAACAAAGAUAUUAAGAGCAUUUUACAGAAAUGUGGUGACAAAUACCACAUAUUUAUUAUUAACCAAAUACCUGACAGUAGGCAGAUCUCAGAACUGCUGCAGAAGAUCAAUGUGAUCACUAGGAACAUGCAGACUUCCUACUCAAAUGAAACAUAUGUCAAAGCGCAGCUGGAGAACAGACUUCAACGAGACAGCAGAAUUAAGGAAAUGGAGAAAGAAAUCAGAGAGUUAAAGAAGAUCAAAGAAACAGAUGAGAGUGAGAGGACAAGCAAAAAGUCAAACUGUCUGAGAAUUGUGCUUGUUGGAAAAACUGGAUGUGGAAAAAGUGCCACCGGAAACACUAUACUCAACAGAAAGGCAUUUCAUUCUCAAACCAGUUUUAAAUCAGUGACAUCCUCAUGCCAGAAAGAAGAAGGGGUUGUUAAAGAAACUCCAGUCACUGUUGUUGAUACUCCAGGUCUGUUUGAUACAAAGCUAUCAAAUGAAGAAGUGAAGGAGGAGAUACUGAAGUGCAUCAGUCUCCUCUCUCCAGGACCUCAUGUGUUCUUGCUGGUACUUGCAAUUGGAAGAUUCACAGCUGAAGAAAUGGAAACUCUAAACCUAAUAAAGGAAACAUUUGGAAAAAAUGCUGGUAUGUUUAGCAUCAUAAUAUUCACCCAUGGUGAUGAACUGGACGGUAAACCAAUUGACAGUCACUUGGAAGAUGCUGAUUCACAUAUGAAGAAGCUAAUCAAAAAUUGUGGGGAAAGAUAUCAUGUGAUUGACAAUAGAAAACAAGACAAAUCUGAACAGGUCAUUGCCCUCCUGGAAAAAAUCAAUAGAAUGGUGGAGAAAAAUGGAGGAGGGUGUUACACUAAUGAUAUGUUCAAAGAAGCAGAGGCUGCCAUAAAACAGGAAAUGGAAAGAAUUUUAAAAGAAAAGGAGGAGGAAAUGGAGAGAGAGAAAAAAAAUAUAUGUGAAAAACAUGAGGAGGAGAUGGCCGACAUGAAGAGGAGAAUGGAUCAACAGAGAGCACUAAUGGAGAGAGAGAGGAAAGUAAGAGAGGAAGAACUCAGAAUCAAGGCAACAGUCUUGAAAAAGGAAAUCAGGAAAAGGCAUGACCAAGAGGAGAGGGAAAAGAGAGACAGAGAGGAAGCUACAAAACAGCGAAAAUCUGAAGAAAAUAAACAAAACAAAGAAUGGACAUUAAAAUUGCAACAUUUAAAGAAUAAAAAAGAUGAGCUAGAGGGAGAGCUGAAGAAAAAAGAUCAAGAAGAGAGAGAAAGGUAUGAGAGAGAGAGAAAAGAAAUGGAGGAACGUCAUAAAGAAAGAUUAACGCAAGAACAAGAACAAGAGGAAUAUCGAGAGAGAUUGAACAAAGAAAGAAAUGAAUGGGAGCUGAAACAAAAAAAAAUGAUUGAAGAAUUUGAGCAGGAGAAAAAGAAAAAAGAAAAAGCAGAGAAUCAGAGGAUUGAACAUGAACGCAGAGAAAAAGAAAAAAUAGAGAGUGAGUUCGAGGACAGUAAAAUUAAGAUGAGAAAAGAAAGGGAGGAAUGGGAAAAAGUACGAAAGGAAGAGUGGGAUAAAAGAAUGAUGGAGGAGAAGAAGAAUAGUGAAGAGGAGAGAGAGAAACUGAAGAAUCUUAAAGAGGAAUUUGAACAAGAGCGUAAAGAGGAGGAUGAGAAGAGAAAGAGAGAAGAUAAAGCCAGACGACAACAGGAGGAACAAGAACGAAAACAGAUAGAGAACGAGUAUGAAAGCAAAAUAAAAGAAAUGAAGAUGAAACAUGCGGAUGAAGCCAGAAAGCAAGCAGAGGAAUUCAAUGAAUUCAGAGAGAAAUAUGCCAAAGACUUUCAUUCUCUUGUGUUAAUGCAUGAUCAACAGAUGCAGAGUCUGAAGCAAAAGCAUGAACAAGAGUGCCAUGUUUUGAAUGAACUUUCAAAGCAAAAACAGAAACAUCUGAAUGAAAAAAAAAGCCAAAUAGACGUGGCACAUAAAAGAGAGGCAGAUGAAGAGAAAAGGCAGAAUGAAAUAAUCUUCCAAAUGGAAGAGGCUCAUAAAAGACAGGUUGAGGAGAUGAAAAAGAAAUAUGAAGAAAAAUGUAUUUUACAGUAGUAUAU